GGAAAUCCUAAUGGGGAAACUGGAUUACGAAUGAAUGUAGACGGAAUAGCGUCAAAGUUCAUUCUUCUUCCAAGUUUCAACAUCGUUUUACAUAUCUUGACCAUUGUUCUCUCCCAUUUGAAGCUCGUCAUAUAUACGCACGCUAACAAGGAGAGGGAGAAAGAAACUGUGGGAAUUUAUAGAGACAGAAUCAUUGCAGGAGUUUGAUUAAGAGAGAGGAAGAGAUCGAGAUGAGCCAUAGAAAAGGAGAGAAGCAAGAGCCUCCUUUCCAUGUCGUUCACAAGCUUCCUCACGGUGAUAGCCCAUAUGUUCGAGCUAAGCAUGUCCAGUUGGUUCAGAAGGACCCAGAAGCAGCAAUAGUUUUUUUCUGGAAAGCAAUAAAUGCUGGAGAUAGAGUAGAUAGUGCCCUUAAAGACAUGGCAGUAGUAAUGAAACAACAAGAUAGAGCAGAAGAAGCGAUAGAAGCUAUAAAGUCUUUCAGGGAUCGCUGUUCCAAGCAGGCACAGGAAUCACUAGAUAAUGUUCUCAUUGAUUUGUACAAGAAAUGUGGGAGAGUAGAGGAGCAGAUAGAGCUAUUGAAACAAAAACUUUUGAUGAUUUGUCAAGGGGAGGCCUUUAAUGGAAAACCGACAAAGACAGCACGAUCUCAUGGAAGGAAGUUCCAAGUCACUGUUCAAAAAGAAACCUCCAGGAUACUGGGGAACUUGGGAUGGGCAUAUAUGCAGCAAGGGAAGUAUUCGGCAGCAGAAGUGGUCUAUCGUAAAGCUCAAAUGAUUGACCCCGAUGCCAACAAAGCCUGCAACUUGUGCAUGUGCCUGAUGAAACAAGCAUCUCAUGAUGAAGCACGCUUGAUUCUUGAAGAUGUAUUACAGAACAAGUUUUCGGGAUCUGAUGACCCAAAGUUGAGAAGCCGCAUUGAAGACAUGAUACAAGAACUCGAGCCGUUAAAUACCAGUCCGAUAUCUAAUACUGCAACAGGAUUAAAUUUAGAAGAUGCUUUCUUGGAGGGACUUGAUCAGCUGAUGAACCAAAUGACGCCUUAUAGAUUAAGGAGACUUCCCAUCUUUGAGGAAAUUUCUCCAUUUAGAGAUCAGUUAGCAUGCUGACCUCAUCAUUCCUUUUGUACCAUAUAAUAUUGUGUGGUUAUUAUAAAAUCUGUAAAAAUUAGGAUCGAAUUCUUUCUUCUUGGUAAUGUUGUAUAAAAAGUUCUCUGAAGACUGAAGUUGCGUGGUUACUAUAAAAUCUGUAGAAAUUAGGAUCGUA